AUGGAUAUCGAUCCCGCUCGACGCAACAAGAAGCCUCGUCUCCUACUGGAGAAUGAGCGCGAAAAACUCGACGAGUUUGUGGAUUCCAUUCACUACUCGGCUAGAUACAACGAUGACAAAUAUGAAUACCGCCAUGUACAGCUCCCCAAGAACAUGCUGAAGAAGAUCCCAUCGGAAUACUUUGACAGUGCCAAGGGCACAUUGAAACUGCUCUGGGAGGAAGAAUGGCGCGCGCUUGGUAUCACACAGAGUUUAGGAUGGGAGCACUACGAGGUGCACGAGCCGGAGCCUCACAUUCUUCUCUUCAAGCGUCCUCUGAACUACCAACCCCCAUUGCAGCAAUAA